ACAAUUCACUUAUAAAUACGAUUAAAUAAUACAUAAAUACAAAAUAAUUUUAUUUUGCCAACCAUAUUAAAUUGUGCAUUUUUAUAAUUUAAUAUAAUUUAUUUUAUACUUUUAAUAAAAGUUAAACAUCGUUAUAAUUAAAUUCACUCAAAAUGAGACACAUUUUAAUAGUAUUAUCGUUCAUGUUUAUAGUCGUCAACAAUUACUGGCUUAAUUGUGUGGCUGAAAAUGAUCUGGAAAGGUUACACAAAAUUCAAUCACUACUGUGUGUCCCCAAUAAGACGGACACAGCUAUUGUGGAUAAAGUGAUUGAAUGCGAACACAAACACAACAUAACGGCUGAAGGGAUAGCGUUUGCUAAGAAACUCGAAACCAAACUAACUGAUUGCUCAAAUAAAGCUAAUGUGAGCGCCUACACCAAAGUGGAUCAGACGGUUAUGGUGCGCAAGCAAGCAUUGAUUAUGUAUUGCGAUAAAGAGUUUUUCAAUUGUUUGGUCAAAGUGUUUGUCGAUAAUAAAGAUUUAAUGAAUGAGCAAGGUCGUAUAGACAAGUCACAAGAUGAAGCGGUUAAAGCUAAAACUUAUCAAUGCGUACUCGACGUGUUCAAGAAUUAGCGAUGACAAACUAUGAACAUGAACCAGAACAAUUAAUUUGAUAGUCACCACUACUCUUUAUUCGUAUAAUUGAACAUUUAUUUUCGCACUUAGGGGCCAUUCAAUAAGUACGUACGCAAAAAUUUGUCUAAAAAUUGACCCCCCCAUCCAGUGCGUACGUACUUAUUGAAUGAUCCCUUAUUAGAAAACUAAAUAUUUAACAU